AAAUCUGUGGAAGAUGGACGAUAUUUGUAGCUGUGCAGUGCUGUGACAAGAAAAUCUGGCGAGACAGAUGGCCGAUUAUCUUAGCCAAUAGGAGGACGCUGCGGGAACAUGAAAACUAAGUAUCGAUUUGAUUUUUACUUACUCCGUUCACUUGGCUGUGGCUUAGUUGUAUAUACAACGAUACAACAAUAUUUAUUUGUGCCCUGGGAAAAAUGGAGACCAACUUGCUAUUGAAACGGACAGAAAUCGCGUGCGCUGAGCAGAUUCCAUCCCUGGCUGUGUGGGUCAUUGAAUACGCCUGGAGUCACCGAAUGAUGGACGUACUGGAGGGGUUGGUGCCGUAUAAGUGGCAGGAAGGCGAACUUCAGUCGCUGACCCUGCAGGAGCCUUGCGCUUUGCGUGUAGCUGCAGCACAGGCAUGGUCAGUGGUAAAUGCCAGGGACGUCAAACACUUUGAGAGUGUGCUGGAGCUGCUGGAGUCUAUCUACACACUGGUGCCAAGGCUCGUCACCUCUAUCAAGCACAUGAAGAUUAUGUUUGGCCUCAAGACCAUGAUUGUCAUGUGGAUGUUGCAGAAGAACCAUGGGGAAGUCAGCACUAUGACCAAGAUAAUCCACUUUUUCCCAAGCAGAGUAACUUUGUACCGUGGUUGUAGCAGAAGGGAGCUGGAUCUGAUGAGAAAGUGCCAUUAUGAAUUUAAGCAGCUAGCCCAAACGCUGCUUUUCCACAAGGAAAUGCGCAAGGCUUACAUCAGAGACCAGAUGGAGGAACAAUAUGGGGAGAGAUAUGCACAGAAACUGGAGGAGAGGUUGUUCGACUACCUGCAGAAGCUGGAGAAGGACCUUCCACCAUCCACAUGUAUAGACCAGGUUUUGAGGCAGGAGCGCCCCCUUGUGGACGGGGAACAGUUGCUGCUGGGGGUGUUGAGCUGUAGUCCUCACUCUGUGCCUGCAGCCCUGAAAAGACUGAUUUUCUAUGCCAGGGUCACACCGUGUACCAGCCCUGGAAUGAGCCAGCCCUCCGUCUGCGCUGAUGAGGAGAAGCCGACGCCACAGCCUCUUUCAGAUCCAAAGGACUCACCAAAACAGACACUGCCCCCUGCAGGGCAAGUAGGAGAGAUGCUGUCUAGCAUGUCCCACAGCAAUUGGAAGGGGCGUGGAGAGGUGAAAACCAAGCCCACAGCACUUUGUUCAAGCUGGUAUUGUGUAGGCCGAAGUGAAAGGGCGGAACAGAGACUCAGAGAACGGGGCUCAUCACUGGGUGGGGGGAGCCAAGGGACAAGAGAGCACUGCCACAAGGAAAGGGGAUUGGGCCAAGAUGAAAGAGGGUGGGGUCAGAAGGAAAAAAAGCGGAGCCAGGAGGAAAGCAGAGUGUGUUGGGGAAGGACAAAGCUGGCAGGGAAGCACGGUCAGAUGGGAGAUUAUCCCAUGCAGCUAUGCUCCAGACACCAAAGAUGGGCAAGAAACAUACUGCAGGAGUGCACUGUGGAGCUGGGUGGUCAAAGUGCCAUUAUUCUGAAGGAAUACCCCAAGGAGAUGAGGACUAAACCUGUGAGCAUUCUGGAGCACCCGAAGGAGGUGGGGUGCCAAACUGUGAACAUUCUAGAGAAGUGCUCUCCAGUGUUGGAAUUAGUAGGUCAAAGCCUGAACAUUCUGGGGACGUGCUCUCAGGAAUUAGAGGGUCAAAGUGCGAGCAUUCUGGGGCAGUGCCCUAAGGAGGUGGGGUGUCAAAGUGUGAGCAUUCUAGAGAGGUGCUCUCCGGAGUUGGUGGGACAGAGUGCUCUGGAGGAGUGUCCUAGUGUGGUGAUGAAUCAGGGUGUGAUUGAGCUUCAGCAAGCACCACUCUCCUCAGUCCAUCCAGUCCCCCCAGUGACCCCAGUGACCCCACCCCAUCAGUAUUGCAGCCCCAGGAGCUACCAGAGGUGUGGCCGAGACACAGCCGCCUCCCUGGCUAGGGUGGAGACGGCGGGGCUCGGAGUUCAGAUUUCUCUGGAGAGUCAGCUGGUUCUGAUCCGGUCCCAGAUGUUACAGCCCACUGUGUGGGUCAGGAGACUGACUCAGAGGGAGUGUCACCAGGCCACAGGUAUGAGGGGAGCCAGAAUUAGGCCCGAGGAAGACGAUGGAGCGGAAUGUAAUGAGAGAAAGGAGGAAGGAAAGAAGGGAGAUUCUGGUGACUGGGAAUCGGAUUUCUCCUAUUCAGAAUCGGAUGAAGGUUCUGAUUCUGACUCAGAUUAUAGCCCUGUCUAGAACGCUAAGUCGAAUUUGGAAAGGAUAGAAAAAGUGUGAGCCUGGGGAGAUCUGGGGAUUACUCAGUAGGACAGAACAUUCUGUUACUUUUCAAAGAUGUAUAUCAUAUAGAUCUAUAUCUAUGUCUAUUGAACAGAAAGUGCACUCAAAAUAUUUUGCAGUGAGAUGUUUCGAGUGAGAUUUUUAUCAGUGGUUCCUGACCCUGUUCCUGGAGAUUUACCAUCCUGCAGGUGUUUAUUCCAACCCAAGCAAAUCACAUCUCAUUCAACAGCUAGAGAUGUUGUUGAGCUGCUAAUUAGUAGAAUGAGGUGUGCCAUAUGAAAAAUGAAAAACUGCAGGAUCAUGUGUCUUCAGGGACAGGCCUGGUUACACUGGUCUAAGUUAUGAAGCCUUCUCAGGGCACCAUAUCUGUAGUACAUGUUUUUAACGAAGAAGAAAACUUGUGUUUGUUCCCUAUUGCGGAGGUCGAUUCAGCAGAAACACAUUAAUUCAGGCAAUUGCAGGGGGUGGAUAUAUAUAAAUAUCUUAAUAUAGUUAAUAUGGUUUAUAUAUAGGAUAAUCAAAUGUGUGAUUACAGCAGUUAGAGCAGUGCCCUCUAGUGGAGAAAUGAGUGAUGCAGUCUAAGCCAAUGUUCUUGACUUCACUUGACCACCACUACAAGCUAUAUCAUAUAGUCCAUUACAAACACAGAUUUCAAUCAGGUCCUGCAUUUUAGAAUGUAUUUACCAAUCCCUUUUUAAAGAACAUUUUAAAUAAAACCCUAAAGAAUUCUUGUCCCUAAACAUGUUAAUUUGUGUUUACCGCCCAAAAAAUGCUGGUUACAUAACCAUUACAUUACAUUACAUUACAUUAUUGGCAUUUGGCAGAUGCUCUUAUCCAGAGCGACAUACAGUUGAUUAGACUAAGCAGGAGACAAUCCUCCCCUGGAGCAAUGCAGGGUUAAGGUCCUUGCUCAAGGGCCCAACGGCUGUGCGAAUCUUAUUGUGGCUACACCGGGAUUAGAACCACCAACCUUGCGUGUCCCAGUCAUUUACCUUAACCACUAUGCUACAGGCCGCCAGUAAAACCAGUUUUACUACAGAUCAUGUGACGUCAUCACAGAUACUUUCGUAAACAGAAGCCGUGAGAAGCCUCUGGCCUGAGCAAAGAUCAACAUUCUGAUUGGGGGCGGGGGGGUAGCUGAAGGAUCUUGCUUUGGCAUCAGGUGUCAGGAAAAUAGGUACAGGAGGGCCUUGUACAGACGGGUCACAGUAUCAGAAGUCAGAAAAUGGGUGAGGACAGAUGUCACAAGACAGGAUUUUAGAAUGACGGAAGCUUCUGGUGAUUUGUGAAUAAUAUGUGUGUAAGAGCGAUGGGUAGGCUCAAAGUUCAAGCGGAACUUUGUGUAUGUUGGAUCACAGCAAGGACUGUGUUUUCAGAGUGAUUACACAGCAUUUUAGAAUAGUGUCGUGUUGUCCUUUUCUGUGGCAAUUUAUUAGCAAUUUAUUGUUUGCUCACCUGCAAAUAAUCUUUACACAUGAAUGCUGAUG